GGAGCCCACUCCACAAAAAAGAAGAGGCCUCAACGAAGCUAACCAUUCAUAACCGUACUACGUCUCCAUUAGCGUGAGCACAUCACAUGCAUCUCCAUCCGCCCAGUGGCCAAGGCCAGCGACCUUAACAAGCCACAGAGAGCCACAGAGAGGAGCUAGCUCGUACCCAAUGAUGGAGGGGAAUGGGAUGCCGCCGGCGUCGCCGACAUGCACCCGGAGCAACAGCAGCAUGUGGGUGCUGGAGAUGGAGAAGAAGCUGGGCGACAUGAACGGCGACCCGGCGGUAGAAAUGGUGCGGUGGAAGCGGCACUCUAUCUACCGCGUCCCGGAGCGGAUCAAGAACCUCCACAACAGCAAGGCCUACAGGCCAGAGCUCGUCUCCCUGGGCCCCUUCCACCACGGCCACCCGGAGCUUCUCCCCAUGGAGGAGCACAAGCGCCGGGCCGUGGUGCACCUCGUGAAGCGCUCGGGGAAGCCGCUGCGGGACUUCGUGGUGGCCGUGGCCGAGGCCGCCCCGCAGCUGCAGGAGGCCUACAAGGACCUCGGCGGCGAGUGGCGCGGCGCCGGGGAGACCAGGGAGCGCUUCGUGGAGCUCAUGGUGACCGAUGGGUGUUUUUUGCUUGAGGCCAUGAGGAUGGACUCGCUGCGUGGGAAGGUUGAGGAGGACUACGCGCCUAAUGAUCCUGUGUUUAGUAAGUAUGGUUAUCUCUACCUGUGGAACUACAUCCAGUCCGACAUGGUUGUUGUGGAGAACCAGCUGCCGCUCCUUCUCCUCCAGAGGCUCCUCAUCGUCCUAGAUCCUGACAGAUAUCAGAACGCUUCAUGGGUCACUGGGCUGGUCCUUAAUUCUCUAUGCCCAUGGCGGCGACACUUGGUUGCCAUCAACUACCUUGGGCUCCACCCUCUGGACAUCCUGCACAAAAGCCUCACCCACGGCGACCACCCGGAGCGCACGGGGUCGACGGCGUACGUGAUGCCCCCGGCGGUGGAGAUCCACGAGGCCGGGAUAAGAUUCAAGGUGAGCGACACGGACAGCCUCCUCGGCAUCAACUUCGAGCGCGGCGUGCUGAGCAUGCCGGCGAUCCGAGUCGACGACACGACGGAGAAGAAGUUCCUCAACCUCAUGGCGUUCGAGCGGCUCCACCCGGGCGCCGGCAACGACGUGACGGCGUACGUGAUCUUCAUGGACAACAUCAUCAGCUCCGCCAGGGACGUGGCGCUGCUCAGGUCCAAGAACAUAAUCGAGUGUGGCCUGGGCAGCGACGAGGAGGUGGCCAAGUUGCUCAGCAACACGCUGAACAAAGGAGGCGUGAUGAGCCCGUCCAGCAGGCUCCACGACGUGCAGCGGCAGGUCAAAGCCCGGUGCAGGAUGAGGCGGAAUCGGUGGCGGGCAAAUUUUAUACAGAGGUACCUGAGGAACCCCUGGGUGUUCAUCUCCCUUGUCGCCGCCAUUGUCCUGCUCGUUGCCACCCUCUUGCAGACCACUUAUACUAUCUGGCCUUUUUAUAAGAGGGCAGCGUAGAAUUAAUACCACUUGAUGAACUCGAACAUGCCUUGUGUUUGUCUUAACCCACCUUGUACGUAGUCCUAACAAUACCUAAGCAUGAUAUGCAUGUAUUGAUUCUCUGUCCAACUUGAUUCAUAUAUAUUGGAGUGUCUCCCAGCUAGUAGUUUGUUUAGGUCGGAAGCAAUGUCAGUCAAAAUUAACCAGGUGCUAAGCAGUUACACA